ACCAAACUCGCCGGUUCCGCAGCCAAGUGACGUUGCGUCGCGCUCUUCAUCUAUGAUCUCGCGAGAUAUUUUUAAAAUAUUUUAGUGUUGUUUACACCGAGUGUCACACAUGGAAAACACCGCAAUGAAGUGAUCCGGGAGUGGGAGUUGACUUCCUGCUGAACGAUGACGCUACAGUGGGACAAACUGUCCCCGCAGGAGUUUCAGCAGCUGCAGGAUUUAGCCGCAUACUCCACUAAGAAGUUGCAGGACGUUUUGGUGGAGUUUUGCGGAAGUGGACCACCCUAUAAGCAUAAUCCUGAUGGGGACAUCGACUACGACGGUUUUCGCAAAUUCCUCGACACGUUCCUGGAGGUGACGACUUCGGAAGAGCUCUGCCGCCAUCUUUUCCUCUCAUUUGUUCGUAAAGGGGUAAAAGUCGAAGGUAAAGCGUUUAAAGAAAUGGCCGUACUUAGUUCCACCACUGCUUGCGCUCCUAUCACUUCUCAUAACAAAGGUUCCACACCCAACGUCAACUCCAUCGGCGAACCCAUCGAAACCAAAAGCCAACUCUCGGCGGAGAAAGCUACGACUUACGGCGAAAUGCUCGUGGAGAAGAUCCACGGUUUCGGGGAAAAACUCCUAGGUCACCACCGUUCAGACAGCGAUUGUUCCACUCGAGGCAAAACAGGGACUGUGCACCCCAUGUUGACCGUCACACACACUUCGUACUCCUGCCAUGAAGUCUUGGGGAAAAAAAGCACCGAUUCGUCGCCCUCACACAGCCAAAUCUCCAGAAACUCCUCCAAGAAGUCCAACAACUCGCUUUUGGUUAAUAACGGGAAGCUGGAAGAGGUGCGACACAUCGUCCGAAAAGCCAGUACUUUGGACGUUAGCACUGUCAAAGUCUCGCUGAAAGACAUCGUGUGCUACCUCUCCCUCCUCGAAGCCGGGCGGCCCGAAGACAAGCUGGAAUUUAUGUUCCGGUUGUAUGACACGGACGGAAACGGCGUUUUAGACACCAACGAGAUGGACUGUAUCGUAAACCAAAUGAUGACCGUGGCUGAAUACCUCGGUUGGGAUGUUUCAGAGCUGAAACCUAUCCUGCAAGACAUGAUGGUGGAGAUCGACUACGACGCCGAUGGGACUGUCUCUCUGGAGGAGUGGAAAAGGGGCGGUUUGACCACCAUCCCCCUGCUGGUCCUGCUGGGCCUCGACACGAAUGUCAAAGAAGACGGGAACCAUUUAUGGAGAUUGAAACAUUUCAGCAGGCCGGCGUAUUGCAACCUCUGUCUGAAUAUGUUGGUCGGGUUGGGCAAGAAAGGGUUGUGUUGCACGUUCUGCAAAUACACCGUUCACGAGCGAUGUGUUGCACGAGCGCCGGCGAGCUGCAUCGCCACCUACGUCAAGAGCAAAAAGUCCUCUCAAACGCUGCAACACCAUUGGGUGGAGGGGAACUGUCAGGGGAAAUGCUCGAGGUGCCGGAAGCCCGUCAAAGCCGGCAUUACGGGCCUGCACUGUCGAUGGUGUCAGAUAACGCUCCAUAACAAGUGCGUGGCCCAGGUGAAAGCCGAGUGCGGUUUAGGCGAGCACGCCGUCCACAUCCUGCCGCCCACCGCCAUCUGCCCCAUCGUCCUGGACCGCCAACGGUCCCUCCAGAAACGCGGCUCCAAAUACGGCCACGACAACGGCAAUUUCUCCAACACCACAAAUAAACAGCCGGCAAUGUCCUUCCAAAUCACCACUUCGCCCAAUUCCGUCCCGCUGUUGGUCUUUAUCAACCCCAAAUCGGGCGGACGCCAAGGGGCGAGAAUUCUCAGAAAGUUUCAGUACAUUUUAAACCCGAGACAGGUCCACAGUCUGGCGAGUGGGGGCCCCAUGCAAGGCUUGAGCAUGUUCAAGGACGUGCCCAAUUUCAAGGUCGUCUGCUGCGGCGGCGAUGGGACGGUCGGAUGGGUGCUGGAGACCAUGGACAAAGUGGAACUGGAAUGUCAGCCGGCCGUCGCCGUGAUUCCUUUAGGGACCGGCAACGACCUGGCCCGUUGUCUGCGAUGGGGCGGGGGCUACGAGGGCGAAUCGAUCCACAAAAUGUUGCACAAAAUCGCACGAGCCACCACUGUCAUGCUGGACAGGUGGUUGAUCGAAUUGUCCGACACCGCGCUUCCGGAUCCCGACCAGAAGAUCACCGACACCAGAAUCCCCUACAACAUCAUCAACAACUACUUUUCCGUCGGAGUGGAUGCCGCAAUCUGCGUCAAAUUCCACCUGGAGCGGGAGAAAAACCCGGAAAAGUUCAACAGUCGGAUGAAAAAUAAGCUGUGGUACUUCGAGUAUGCGACGUCGGAGCAGUUCGCGGCCUCCUGCAAGAACCUACACGAGGAUAUCGAGAUUACGUGCGAUGACGUAUCUUUGGACCUGGCCAACGGCUCCCCCUUGCAAGGCAUCGCCCUCCUCAACAUCCCCUACACCCACGGCGGCUCCAACCUCUGGGGCGAGCAUUUAUCCGGUUCGAGAAGAAAAAGUAAAAAGAAGAAACAGAAAGAAAUGAGCACUUCUAGUUUCAAUUCAGUGGACUUGAAAGUCGCCGUUCAAGACAUCGGGGAUGGAUUGAUCGAGGUCAUAGGACUGGAAAAUUGCCUCCAUAUGGGGCAAGUGAGGACCGGCUUGAGGGCCAGUGGACGCCGAUUAGCGCAGUGUUCUUCCGUCGUUAUCAAAACGAAGAAAACUUUCCCGAUGCAAAUCGACGGCGAGCCCUGGAUGCAGCCCCCCACCACUAUACGUAUCACUCACAAAAACCAGGUGCCCAUGCUAAUGGCGCCGCCGCCCGAGAAGGGCAAAGGGUUCUUCCGUUUCUUCAGGAGGUAGAGCGGUGAUAUUAUGAAUUCCUCGUUUCUCUAGUCUGUUUUCUCGUUUCGGAAUGACAAUAAUUAAUUUUGUUCAAUGUCAGUAUUAUUUUUGAAUGGGAUUACUGAAAAACUCUUCCAAAAAGGCGCUGUUUAUUCUAUGUUUCAAUGUUUCAAGUUGGUGUUAAGUGUUUCGAGCAUUAGUUUAAUGCCAGCUGCUAUACAAUAAAUUUUUACAUAAAAAAAUACUCGAUUUAGCUGAGGUGAAAAUAUCUAGAAACAUGAUAGGGACCAUUGCUUUAACAGAAUCCCGCCAAAUAAGUACCUAUGCAUUAAAAACGAUUCCUGCACUCUCCUUAUUUAGAGACACUUCGGCUAAAGUUUGCGUUUUAAAGGCUAGUGCUGCCAACUGUUGGUGCAACGGAAAAUUUUCAAUUUUAGUUCGAUUUUAGCUACGACUCAAGUGACUUAAAGUUUCUCUAAAUAAAGGAUUCUAAAUAUUUGAAUAUAAAUAAAAUCCUUAACUAGAUUAGACUUAUACAAGAAACAUAUUUACAGUAAAAACUAUAAGUAAAUACGCUUGAAGCGUUUGUGUAUAAACAAUGUUUACAAUUGUUGUAUUUAAUAUUUAUUAAACAUUAUUUUGUAAUUUAUUUAUUUAUAUUCGAUCAUUGCUGUUAGAACUGUAAAAAUUUAACAUUGUCGUAGGUAGUCUUGAUUUUUUUCCUAUGAUAUUUACACGUCACGUGGUAUUGAACACGUGACCACAUUUUAUAUCAAAAAUAGAACUGCCACUGUCAAAAAUGUGGGAAACGUUUCAAGUUGCUGUUAAGCUUUAACUGUAAUAUAAACAACCCUGUAUAUUGUAGAAACUGACAUUUCUUCUAUGCCUUGUACAAUUAUAAUGGCUUUAAACGUCCAAUUAUCCAGGUUUUAUUCGUUUAGGCUGUCGACAGGGUGCAAAAUAUGUAGAUAAACCUCCUGUGGCGGCUUAUUCUACUGGAGCUCCAAUGAUCUGGUCACUCUAGUGGCCUGUGACUUUUAAACUGAGUUGGCAACACUGAAUAAUGUAGACGAUACUAAACUUUGAAAUAAAGUUGGCAACGUUAACUAUCAAAUUCAAAUGUCACACUUUUAUACUCAACUGUCAUUCAUCUAAUCACCAAUAAUUCAGAGUUGCCAACGCAGGUUAUUCGAAAACAUGACAACUCUAUCAUGGUCUGUCUCUGCAUUAUUCAAGUUCUAUCAAGUGUGCUUUGGUUUUUAAAAAUGGCGCUUUUGACAGCAGAAUACUCGAUCAAAAAUCAAUUUUGGUCCAAGUGGCUUGUAUUUGUGACAGAAGAUAUAAAAAUUGCAUAUCCUCUCUCUCUAUAAUAUUCAAUGUUGCCAACUUAAUUUCAAAGUCAAAGGCCACUUUGAGUUUUUUUACCGGAAAUCUUACUUUCUCUUUUGUCAUUUUCACAAAAACAAAUCUAAUAUUUCAAUGUGUUAGUCCAAAAUUUUCCUAUCCUAGAGUGUACAGAUCAGGCCGAGCCCCUUUAAUAUUAUUUUUUCACGUGUACAAAAAAAAACGCUAGCGUUUAGAUAUGAAAUUCCUCGUGCUUUCGUCCAUUUUGUAUAAAUUUUCCCUUAAUCAUCCCAAAUUACUCAUUUCAUCGACAACGAUCACACGGACAUAAUCAAAAUUUCUGUGAUAAAAAUGAGUAAUUUGGCCAAAUAAUAAUUUUCCAAAGACUAACUGCAUUUUUUCUAUUUAUUUUUUUACAAAUUUAUUUAACUCAUAGUUAGAAUGUAAGUCAAGUUACCUGUUUCCUUGUUUUCGUAUGUUAAAAAUUUCAAAUAAAUCUUGUGUCCACGA